UUUGCCAUCAGAGCUUCACUCCAGGAACAAUCUCUCUGGGUCUGGACAUCAUGUCUGUGCGCUUUUCUUCUGCAUCCAGACGCCUUGGCUCCAGCGGGGGAGCAGGUUUUGGGGCUGGAAACGCAUGCGGUGUGCCAGGCAUUGGAAGUGGCUUUUCUUGCGCUUUUGGGGGCAGCUCAUCUGCAGGAGGCUAUGGUGGGGGACUGGGCGGGGGAAGUGCUUCUUGCGCUGCCUUCACCGGGAAUGAACACGGCCUCCUGUCGGGCAACGAGAAGGUGACCAUGCAGAACCUCAAUGACCGCUUAGCCUCCUACCUGGAGAAUGUGCGAGCACUAGAGGAGGCCAACGCCGAUCUGGAGCAGAAGAUCAAGGGAUGGUAUGAGAAAUUCGGGCCUGGUUCUUGCCGUGGUCUUGAUCAUGAUUACAGCAGAUACUUCCCAAUAAUUGAUGACCUUAGGAACCAGAUCAUUUCUGCAACUACCAGCAAUGCCAAUGUUAUCCUGCAAAAUGAUAAUGCAAGACUUACGGCUGAUGACUUCAGGCUAAAGUUUGAAAAUGAACAGGCCCUUCACCAGAGCGUUGAUGCGGAUGUCAGCGGUUUGCGCAGGGUGCUGGAUGAGCUGACUCUCUGCCGAACCGACCUAGAGAUCCAGCUGGAAACCCUGAGCGAGGAGCUGGCUUACCUCAAGAAGAAUCACGAGGAGGAAAUGAAGGCGCUGCAGUGCGCGGCUGGAGGGAACGUGAACGUGGAGAUGAACGCGGCGCCCGGGGUGGACCUCACGGUCCUGCUGAACAACAUGCGGGCGGAGUACGAAGACCUGGCCGAGCAGAACCGCAGGGACGCGGAGGCCUGGUUCAAUGAGAAGAGCGCUUCCCUGCAGCAGCAGAUUUCUGAUGAUGCUGGUGCCACCACCUCAGCUCGGAAUGAGCUUACCGAGAUGAAACGUACUCUUCAAACCCUGGAGAUCGAACUCCAGUCCCUCUUGGCAAUGAAACACUCCCUGGAGUGCUCCCUGAGCGAGACCGAAGGCAACUACUGUGCACAGCUCGCCCAGAUCCAGGCUCAGAUCGGGGCCCUGGAGGAGCAGCUGCACCAGGUCAGAACUGAGACGGAGGGCCAGAAGCUGGAGUACGAGCAGCUGCUCGACAUCAAGGUCCACCUGGAGAAGGAAAUCGAGACCUACUGCCGCCUGAUUGAUGGAGAGGAUGGCUCUCUAUAUUGUUACAGCUCUUGUGUUAAAUCAAAAGGCUAUGGAGGACCAGGAAAUCAGAUAAAAGAGUCAUCUAAAACCACCAUGGUUAAAACAAUUGUUGAAGAAAUAGAUCCUCGUGGCAAAGUUCUCUCAUCCAGAGUUCACACUGUGGAAGAGAAAGCCACCAAAGCCAACAACGUGAAGAGUGAACAGAGGGUGCCUUCCUGAGCCCCAGAAGAAGAGCCCCUAAAUUAAAAUACCAAACUGAAGCUAGGUUCCUAAAUAAAAGCCCUCUUAUUUUUCUGCUUUUCUUCCAAUGAAUUAAGACAAGCUGUUUGUAGAAUGGUAACAUCUCUUUAACUUUCUCUAUGGUGGUGUGUCAAUAAAAGUUCUUCCUGUUGCAAGU